AUGAAAGGAGUCGUAUGUUUCGGUAAAAAGGGAAAGUUGAGUCCCCGAUACAUAGGACCCUAUGAGGUAAUCAAAAGAGUCGGUCCAGUAGCUUACAAAUUGGAUUUGCCAGCAGAGAUGCAGGGAAUACAUAAUGUGUUUCAUGUGUCAACCUUGAAGAAGAGCUUUGGAGAAAGACGGCCAGUGGUAAUCGAGCAUGGCGAGAUUUGGCUUCAACCUAACUUGUCUUAUAAUGAAUGGCCAAUGCAGAUCAUGGACCGCAAGGAACAAGAGUUGUGGAAUCGAAAGAUAUCUCUAAUGAAAGUAUUCUGGAAUAACCCAGAAUUUGAAGAAGCAACUUGGGAACUGGAGGAUACAAUGAGAAGUGAAUACCCUCAUUUGUUUGUAUCUUAG